CAAUACUAAAUAUUCCUUACAAGUAGUAAUGUCUAUUAUUUGUCUACUCCUUUUGAUUCCUUUUGAUCAGUAUUAACUAAACCGGUUUAAGACCGUCGUGUAAACGUAGUCAAUGUUCGAUGGUGUCGCUGCAUUGUGAAUAUUUGACAGCUACUGUUUAAUGUGUUUAACAGUGUUUAAUAAAAAGUUAUUAAAAUGGCUGAAUUGCUAUUAGAUCCUAAUAUUCGGGGUUGGGUAUUUCUGCCCAUUGUUGUAAUUACAUUUCUUGUUGGAAUCAUUAGGCAUUAUGUUUCUAUUUUACUGGCAUCACAGAAGAAGGUUGAAGUACAUCAAGUACAAGACAGUCAGGUGAUGAUUCGUUCAAGACUGUUAAGAGAAAAUGGACAAUAUAUACCUCGACCAGCAUUUAUUAUGAGACGCCACUUUUUCAAUAAUGAGGAAACAGGGUAUUUCAAAACACAAAAGCGUGCUCCUGUUUCACAAAAUCCUAUGAGUGAUCCCAGUAUGAUGACUGAUAUGUUAAAAGGAAAUGUUACUAAUGUUUUACCUAUGGUUCUAAUUGGAGGUUGGAUCAAUUGGAUGUUCUCUGGAUUUGUUACCACAAAGGUACCAUUCCCACUGACUUUACGUUUCAAACCUAUGCUUCAACGAGGAAUAGAACUAGUCACUUUGGAUGCUGCUUGGGUUUCUUCAGCAUCAUGGUAUUUUCUCAAUGUCUUUGGACUUAGAUCGAUUUAUACAUUGGUACUCGGUGAAAAUAAUGCAGCUGAUACCUCGAGACUCUUACAAGAUCAAGUAUCUGGAGCAGCAAUGUCGAUGCCCCCAGAUCCUAAGGCUGCUUUUAAAUCUGAGUGGGAAGCAUUGCAAAUUUGUGAACAUAAUUGGGUUCUUAAUGGAAUUGAUUCUGAUCUUGUAGGAACCCAAGGGAGACUUGAUCCUAUCGAAAGCAUAUAUCACCAAAGUAAAACAAAUUAACAUUGUAAUCCUAGCAGAAUAUGGAAUGUAAUGUUUUCAAACUUAUAUUUCUUUUGUUUUUUUAAUAUGUACCUGCCUUUAACGGUCAUUAAAUACAACACAUUUCGCAUAGUAUGAUGUGAAUGAUGAGGACAUGUGGUGCAUAAGUGGAAUAAAGUGUCACAAUGAA